AUGGCAAACGCCGUCUUACCGAAGUGGACUCGUCUGCCGAUCCGCACUCGUCCGCAUCGGAACCCGCUGGCUGAAAACAGUGAUGCCCAUCCCGAUAGCCCGUUGGAGUUGGAGCUCCGCUGCAUGGAGUUGUUUCCCACGAUGCCUAACCCGGUAGUUGAGAUUGUCGAUGUGGGGUGUGCAUUUGGCGGCAUGUUAUUCGCCCUUUCGCAAGAAUUUCCUGAUGUUUGCAUGCUGGGCCUUGAGAUACGCCCUAAGGUCGUUAAUUUUGCCCAAGGAAAAACGUUGGCUCUUCGAGAGGCCGCUUCCAAUUCAUCCCACCACUUCUGCAAUCUCUGGUUUGAGCAGAUGAAUGUGAUGAAGUUUGGAUCGAACUGCUUCCGUAAGGGGCAACUUCGGGCUCUCUUCUUCUGUUACCCGGACCCUCACUGGAAGAGGAAGAAUAUUCGUCGGCGCAUUAUUUCACCCGGACUUGUACAUGAGUAUGCCUACUGGCUUAAGAUUGGGGGGCUGCUAUUCACUGUGUCAGAUGUCAAGGAGCUGGAGGAGUGGAUGGUGUCGUGCCUCGACGGAUGCCCACUCUUUCGUCGGCUAGGCGAGGAGGAGCUGCAAAGCGACGCCAUGACACAGAAGGUGCUGAACCACGCCACGGAUGCUAGUGAGGAUGCGCAACGCACAGCGCGAAAGGGCUUAGAAAAACAUUACGCAGUGUAUGCCCGUGUAUAA